AUGGCAUCUACUAAGAACUUGCUCUCUGUAUUGUUGAUGGCUUUCGUCCUCAUGGCUGUAGUAAGUGAACUGGCAAAUGCAAGCUCAUUGACAGUAUAUCGUCUAGGAAAUUGCGGUGGUGAAUCUCAAACAUAUAGUAAUUGUGGAUGUACAAACCUCUUAUAUAUGGGUGGUUAUCAAUUUUCUUACACUGGUCAAACUGCUAGAAUGUAUAACACCCGGAAUUGCCUGGGUGGGGGCGUCUUCACUCUCACCGGCAAUGCCCGCAUGUGCAGCCCCGUUGGAUGGAGGAGCAUGAACAUCUAG